AAGCCCUAUCUCUUCAGGAAAGUCAAGAAUACCAACUAUGCAUUAAAAAAAUUUUUUUUGCUAAUGAUAAUGAGAGAAAAAUAUGAAGGAGGAUGAAUGAAGUAGGUGAACAACCUAAAAAUUGUUGAACAAAGAAAAUCCAGGCAAUUAAGGGUCAAAAAAAGAGGCAAGAGUGAUGGCCGGCCAUGUCACUUCACCUCCUCCAAUACAACAAAUCUUUUCUUACCACCGGAGCUCUAUAAUGACAAAAACUAAAUCUUGUGAAUAAAUUAAUGAAUCGCAAUCCCCUAACCCUUCCCUCCAUUUAUUUAUGUAUUCGUCAUGUAGCGAGUAACAGCAAUUUGUUACGGGAAAGAGCCAGAAAAGUGGACAAAGCAAAGCAAAUGUGUCAACUUUUAACAAAAGCGAAAGAAACGUUAUGGAGUUGCAUGCUUUAUCCACUAAACCCAACAACUAAACCUCCCAUCAAAGAUUGUUAACAUGCGGGUCGAUUUCGAGUUGACCUGGACCCGAUGAAAAAAAAAACUGGCCUUCAAUCCGGUCAAAGCGCGACAAAACCGAACGGGUGGACCCGUGAGCGGAGUGUGCGCCAAACAAAAAAAGUCGAAAGUAACACUUCUCUUGAGUUCUCUCUUCUCCGACCUCUGCCAUUUCGUUUCAGAAUCCCUAGCCGCCACGGUCGCGGCCGCUGUUCCUCAGUGCAUUUCUCCUUCUGACAACCAGCUCUAAAUCUACUGGCCGAUGUACCGAUCGAUCCAUCCCAAAACUCUCAGUUCCAAAUCAUCUCUUCCUUUCUCCUUCGUAUCGCAGUCGACAAGCUUCCCCCUCUUCCUUCAACCGAGGAAGAGGCAAGAUCCAAAAUCCCAUCUUUCUCCCAGGCGAUCGUUGCCCCAGACUGUAUACGAUUCUGCCUAUCAUAAUCUCCGUUGCCCCAAAUUGGUAUAAACUAUAAAACGAGUUAAUCAGGAUCGACCAUGAUUGAACCAGUCGCCCAUUACUUGGUUGCUCGAGCGGGCCGACGGGUCAAUCCGGGUUGACAACCUUGCCUCCCACCGAAAAUUCCUUCUCUUGGUCUCUUUCCUUCCCGUUUCCACACUCUCUUCUCCUCCUCCUCCGUUUCUUUUGUGGCAGGCAGCACCAUCAAAUCCUACCCGCCUUUUCAGUCAGUUUGCCUCCUUCCCUUCCCUCCUUCGGUCCCUCUUUCUCCAUGUGAACGGCCCUUUUUUUUCUCCGCACUCAUUCCUCCCUUCCCUUUUCCUCCCUUUUCAGCACCGCCACGGCGCCACCUGCCCAAUUAAUAAAGAGGCCUCCCCUGUGUUUCCACGUUUUCUCUGCAAAUCUCAAGCCAGAGCAGCUGCCUUCUUCCUUCUGCGUGAUGGGUCUGUUUCAGUUUCCGCGGUGGGAGGCGGCGGCACUGCUGAGAAGCCAUUGAUGUCUCUUGGGUCUUUUUGGUCACUGAAAAUGUCCACCGUUGUGAGAUUCCGAUUGGUUUGGGUGCUCUGGGUUGCUGUUACUUCCGCCUGCUCCAUUUCAGCUCACCCUCUGAAUCAACCCAUCCAGAGCUCCUCCAAGCUUUUCUUAGGACAAGUGAAUUUGGGAUCAUGGAAGAGUGGGAUCUCUGAGGCUAUUGCACAAGCGCCUGGACCAUCCACUCAAGGUCUUAAGAGCACUCUUCUGUUGGCCGCCGAGAGGACUAAUCGGCCCGAUAUACUUAAUGGGUUUAAGCACUAUAAAGGAGGUUGGGAUAUCACCAAUCGACAUUACUGGGCUUCUGUUGGAUUCACCGGUGCUUCUGGCUUCAUUUUGGCCAUCUUGUGGUUCAUCUCCUUUGGACUGGCUGUUGCAGUACACCAUUGUUGUGGAUGGAAGGUGAAAAUUGCAGACAGAGGGUGGCGUGGUCAAACGAUAUGUCUCAUACUGCUGAUAGUGUUCACAUGUGCAGCAGCGAUUGGCUGCAUUCUUCUUUCUGUUGGUCAGGGUGAAUUUCAUGGAGAAGCUUUGGAUACUUUGAAAUAUGUUGUAAACCAAUCUGAUUACACAGUUCAAACCCUGAGAAACGUCACGGAGUAUUUGUCCCUUGCCAAAACCAUCAAAGUAGCCCAAGUGCUUCUUCCUUCCAAUGUAAUGGACAACAUAGACAAACUGAAUGUGGAUCUGAAUGCUGCAGCAAACACACUGGAAGAGAAGACCAGUGAAAAUUCUCAAAAGAUCACAACAGUGUUCACUGCGGUGCGUUCUACACUAAUUGCUGUUGCUGCAGUGAUGCUUGUACUGGCUGUGGUUGGUUUUGUUCUUUCCGUCCUUGGUCACCAGCAUGCGAUCUAUAUAUUCGUGCUGAGUGGGUGGUUGUUAGUAGCUAUAACGUUCAUUCUUUGUGGAGUCUUCAUAAUUUUCCACAACGCAAUGACAGACACUUGUACAGCCAUGAACGAAUGGGUUCAAAACCCUCAGGCAGCUACAACACUCAGUGAUAUCCUCCCCUGCGUUGAUCAGAGUACUACAAACAAGACCCUCUUCCAAAGCAAAGAAGUCGUUAAUGACAUUGUGAAUGUGGUCAACACGUACAUAUACACCUUUGCAAAUGCAAAUCCAUCUCGGUCCGAAUUCAAUUACUACAACCAGUCUGGACCUCUAAUGCCUCCCAUGUGUUACCCAUUUGACUCACAGUUCAACGAUCGCCAGUGUGCUGCCCAAGAGGUCUCGAUGGCUAACGCCUCAUUGGUAUGGCAGAGCUACAUAUGCCAAGUCUCGUCAUUGGGGUACUGCACAAGUGUUGGAAGGGUGACACCUGAUGUGUAUGGGCAGCUGGUAGCAGCUGUUAAUGAAACCUACGCUCUGGAAUACUAUACUCCGCUCCUGCUCAGCCUUCAGGACUGCAAAUUUGUGAGAGACACAGUCCAAGAAAUCACCUCGACGUACUGCCAUCCUCUGGAGCAUUACCUCCAGCUCAUAAACGCGGGAUUAGGGUUAAUCUCUGUUGGAGUUUUGCUCUGCUUGGUUCUCUGGAUACUCUAUGCAAACCGGCCCCAAAGGGAGCAAGUGUUUGCCAACAAGCUGCGAUUACCCAUUAAAGGCAACAAUUUCAGUUUCUGCAGCAAGAAAGCCAGUCCUCCUAACAACUGCAACGACACUGUUACUAAUCAUGUGCCAUUGUCAGAUACAAUUGCUAGUAUAGUUCAUUAGUAGUCAUAGAAAUACAGAUGAAUGAUGUAGUAUAGUUUUGUUCUAGUCCUUUAUUCCAGGAAGGAAGGAAGGACGAGCGAAAUAUACCGAAACAGGGCGAAGUUCUGGUUCGAGUUGUAGUUUCGUGUACUUAGUCUGUAUCAAUAGUAAAAAGUCCAAGUGCUAUUGUGCUUUAUUCCAGGAAGUAGUGAACAGAGUGGGAGUGCAAAAUGUCGAGGAUCUUGCUUGCCUAUUCUAGGGACGAUCUUGUUGGAAAUUUGGUCGAACUAGGUAAUAUGGGCUAGACCGGUUGGACCAACCAAGACCACGUUGAAAUUUGGUGGCAUGCAAAUUGUUUUGAAUUGUGUUCAUUUAAAUUUGAAAGCCAUUCCAUGCAAUGUUUGCCCCAUUGGAUAUGUUUGCUCCACGUUGCCUUGGCUUGCCAUGCAUGGCAACAGUUCAUGCAAUUUAAUAAGGCAAUGUAACGCUUCAUGAAAUAAAAUGGAGGUUUAGUUUGAUAAUGGCUACGGUUGGGAGACUUCGCUCCAUGAAGAGAUGCGUCUUCUCAGGAGGCAAUUGGUAUGGUUCCUGCAACCGGCAAGCCAAUCGAAUUAAACAAACACAACCAUUCCUUAUGGCAACAAUUCAUUUGAAAUGAAUAGAUAUGUUGCUUGGCCAAAAGCCAACCGAUCAGGAUGAAGGGUUGUAAUCUUUCGAUGCCUUCCAUUGUCAUCUAUAAAUAGAUGGGAUCGGCUGGUGGGAGAGCACAGACCAUAAUUCAUUCUAUCUUCCUACUAAAUACUUCUAAGUGUGCUUUAGUUUCUUAAGCCUAGAUUUUAAAGUGGUGGUAGUUUUAUCCUACGAAGAAAUUUUCUGUAACCCUAGGCUUGAUUGAGGGUGGAAAUAUUCUUUACGGAAAGUGAACUUUGUUCACGACUCUAUCACAAUCCUAGUCACCCGGUCUCGGACUUUCGUACAAAUACCCUCGUCCCUCUUUUUCUAACAGAUCUCAGACUUCCUAGCCAGAGAAAUAGGAAUUCUAGGUCACCUAAGCACUAUUUUCAGAGACAACAAAUCAUUCCCGUUAUGUCGACACAACAUAUCAUCCACAUUCCCAUCAAACAAAGAAUAUAUCUACAAGCCCAAUAAUAAUAAUGACAUAAAUGGCAUCCAAAAGUUCAAAUAGCUAAAAUAGUAGUACUUAAUGUAUCGUCAUUAUCCAAAAUAAUAAAUAAUAAGUAUGCUUGAAAUUCGUCGGGACAGUAUCGCCAAUAAUAUGAAGAAUAAACUUUUGUUAUCUUGAACCGUCAUAUCCCAAAUUUGACCCAUAAUGAUGCUUCUUGUCCCAUCUUCCUGAAAAUAAAAUGAAAUCAAUAAUUAAUCUUCUUAUUAAAGAUAUAGUAAACAAAAUAAUUGGUGAUACUCUAUAAGUUCAAAUAAAAAAAAAUUAAGCUACCAAGCUUAACAUACUAGUGAACAAAAGCAAAAUCAUAUAGCCAAGAAGGUAAUGGUGGGUGAUUUCAUUUACAGUCAAUCACACUUUGUUAACAAAAAAGAAAGGAACAAAUGUUAAGUGGGUACUAAACUACUGGUUAAUUCCAAUUAUACGUUUUCCCUGACCCUAGAAAAUGGUCGAGAGCCAAAAGAAAGAAAAAAAUAACCUGUGGGAUACCAAUUACAAUAUUGCCAAAUACAGAGGCGUUGAAACUUUGUUUUCCAAAAAGCGUAAAAUAAAAAAAAAUAGAGACAACAAUGUCAACACUCAACUGCAAUGCUAAAUGAUGAUACCUGUAGCCAAGAGACUUGGCUUUUAGAUAAAAUCAGUGUAUACUAGAUGAUUUCAGGCACUAGAAUACAACAAGAAUUAUAAAUACUAGAUAAUUGGCCCGAGUGUUGCUUCGGGAUCUUGUAAAAUUUUAUUUUUGAUAUUUUUUUUAUAUGUUGUGAUAUUUGGCUUUGUAAAUGAACCUUUUAUACUUAU